AUGGACUCCGGGCCUCCAAGGAAACGACCAUGGGAAGACAACAGCUCGGCCAUUCAAGACUUCAGCCGUCGAGCCUCCGCUGCUAACGACGGAUCUGAACACCCCAUGCCGCAUCUUUCCGGCUGGCAGGCUCGUGACAGCUGGGACCAAGACAACCGCAGACUUCCUCCAAUAUACCCCCCGCCAAGUGGCGUAUCAGCCGAGCAUGUUCCCUCGCAGCUUCUCCACAGUGCCAGCCCUCGCUUUGGCUCUGAUACCCGCGAUUUCACAGACAGCUCCGAACGCCCCAAGCUCCGAACGCAGUCGUUGUUUGACGUUUCCCAGCCGAAACGCCCACGGACUGGUUACGCUGGAGAAUCACUGACAGGGCCCAACUUAAUUGAAGAUUCGCAGCCGCUCGCCUUGAACCUGUCGGGUCUUUUGGAUGCAUCUCGCCCGGAUCGCCACCAACAAGGUUCCUGCUGCUCCCCCAAUUGCCAGGGGCAGGCAUGCGCAAACGUCCGUUCAGUGGUGCAGAAGCUCGCCUCUGAACUCGUUGACUUGGACCUGAAGGUGCGAUACAUCUUGCGAAGUCAUUCGCGCGCGCCGAGAGAGCCACCAGAAUCUGAGAUUAUAGGCACGGAGCGGUCACUUUACUGGGCGCUUGGUCUCGUGCAAUGGAACAGUCUCCAACUGCGAAAGUACGCCGAGAGAUUAGUCAACCCGAACCUCGAUCAGGAAACCUUGCAAAGAGACUCGACGUCAAAUCAAGGGCCUCACGACGUCAUGAAGCGUACUAUACACUAUCCUGAUGUCGAAGACCAAUCUACUGCAUCCCGAUUACUUCCUACAACUACCUCUGACUACCCAAGACUGCCACCACCCACCAACAUGUCCGAGGACAGUCGAAGAAGCCUAUAUGGCAGCGAGUACUCUACCAGCGCACAUUCUCCGCAUGCAGCAGCGACUUCAUACUCAAGAACAAACUUUGCACCACCUCAAUCGCCAUUGCAGUUGUCCCAAACAAUUCAAACCGGCAUGCUACCAUCACCAUCCUCAAUGAACUUCCCAACCUCGUCAAUCCCCCCGCCGAUCUCACCCCCUCAUUCCCACGCCCAGAACGCCGCACAAGCAUCGCAUCUUCAAGACCUCCAACACCAGGUCAGUAUCAAAACCUUGGCCUUCCAAACCCUCCAGCGCGAGUACGACAGCCUCCUCCAAAAGCUGGAGCGCCAGCGUACCAAAUGCGCGACCCUAGAGAAGAAAUUCGAAGUUAGCGAUGUAGAGAUCAACUCGCUCACAGACGAAAAGGAGAAAAUGCAGUCCCAGAUCGCCGGCUUCGAAGCCCAGGUUGAGGAACUCCAGCAUAGCCGCGACGAGGCCCGCCGCCAGCUCGUCGCCAACGGCACCCAGUACAUGCGCAUCAUGGAGAUGGCGAGCCGCCUCCAAGCCCAGGGCGCCGAGGAUAGGAAGAAGUGGGAGGCGGAGAAGGCGGAGCUGGAAGGGCGGAUCAAGAUGCUUGAGGAGGCGAUGGUGGUGGGAACGGAGCGGACGGACCCUGGUGAAGCUGUACAAAGCCAGCUUUCGUCGUCUGAUGUGCUAAUGGGUUCGUCAGGCAAUAUGCCGCCGUCGGUCUCUUCGGCCGAGACUGUUGCUGUGUUACGGGCCGAGAUAGGACGACUAAGGGCCCGGACUCAGUCGCUUGAGAACGCGUUGCAGGCUAUGAGGGAUGAGAGUGUCUCCAUACAAGCGGCUGCACAGACGAUUGUUGCCGCCGGGGGCAAGAUGAAAGAAGCUAUCGAUGCAGGUCUGGGUGGAUGA